CGGCAAGUAGACAGCAACAAGAAUGAAAUCCACUAAGAGCACUCAUUUGAAACCUGCAGCAUCAGCAAGCGAAGAGGAGUGUGGAAAAUGGCUUGACACAGCAGAGUUAAAAGAAAAGAAACAAAAGAAACAUUUAACCCGUCCAAUCUCCAAAUUACUGAACCCAAUGGCCAGAUCUGGAGGAUACAGUGUGGCUGUGGCACUGAGCUUCACUCAGACCAAACUUAACAUGCCUGUCACAAGACAGAGCUCAAUAUCAUCUUUCUUUUCACCCAAACCUAAAGAUCAUAAACUAAUUGCUGCCCAUGCUGAGAUGUACACCUCCAUGCAGACAAAGACUCUCACUGGGGCCAAAAGAAAACAUGGGAUGACUUUGGAGCCAUCUACAGAGUCUGAUCUUUUAACCAGUCAAACAUCUGAGGUGGAUCAGGAGAACUGUGAUUCAGAUUAUGAAAAGCUGACAACUGAUGAUUCAGUUGACCAAAAAGAGCAGCGUUUCCUCCAUUUAAUAUGCGGCUUUGAGCCAGAGGAAGAAGAGCCACCUGAAAAGAGGAGACCUAUUGCCCAUUUUACAGAUCAAAAUGUGUUAGAGACACAGGAAUAUUGGAAUAAAGAUGCAUCUGUUGGGAGAAGAAUUCCAGAUGAGAGUCAAAGAAUUCCUGAAACUGAGACUUUCUCCCAUGGACAUGAUCUUUUGGUGGUCAGGAAGCCCUCUGAAGAAGCGUGUGAGGAUUUCCUCCAGUCUCCAAGGCCUCAAGAUCUUGGGUUGAAGGAUAAACAUGUUUUAAGAGAUCAGAACUCCACUAUUGUGGGACCUUUCGUAACCUCCAGGCGUGUCAAUGAAAACCAAAAAAGACCACGUUCUUCUGCAGUUACUAAUAAGGAUCAGAAGCAAGCUUGGUAUAAACAAAAGCCAUCACCCAUGAAACUAAUAGGAAAAGAAAAUAGUUGGCCUGCAUCACCCAUUCGCAAUUCUCUAUCAACUUUUAAGCAGCAUUCAAUUUCAAGUCCAGCUAAGUGCAAGUUAAAGGACAAAUACACUCUUUCCCCAAAGAGGAAACCAGAUAAGGAGACAAGCACAGAGAUGAUUGGAGACACUCUCGCUGUGCUGUUUACUCAGGACUCAGAGGGCUUUCGUGUGAUUGCUCAUCGUGACCAACACUUGAGGAGCCCACUAAAAGACCAAUCCAAUUUAUCCGUGUGCAAAGAGUCCUGCAGUAGUCCAUCCUGCAGUAGUCAAUCUGUUGGAUUUCUAGAAAAGGAGGAAGACGAAUCGGACCUCGAACCGGAGAUGCUUUUCACUCAGGACUCAGAAGGAAACAUGGUUAUCAAGCAUUAGCCAAAAACAGAUGAUAAUUGUAUUUAAAAAAAUGCUGUAUUUAAAAGCGAAAUAUGUUAAAAUGUUAUGCGUUGAUUUUUUUUUUUCAUGUAAAAGUGAAUUUUGUGUGAUAGAGUGUAAAAAAAAAAAAAAAGGAUUUGAAGUUGUCAUUGAUCCAGUUUCUUUAUUGAAAAUUAUAUUAAAUACAGAACUAAAUGUAAAAAAAAAAGAGUGAAACCAGAAUUUUUUUUCUUUUUUUAAACAAAUACACACUUCUUCACCUUCAAUGUAAAGCAGGUCAAAUCUCACAUGUUUUGUCACCAGGGACACCUUUAGGAUUUUUGGGCCCCUGACAACUUUGCCUUCUGGGCCCCUAUCUUAUCGCAACCCAUACUGUACAAUUUUUUUUUUCAUGAAAAGUUAUUAUUAAUAAACAUGAGCAUAAGCAUGAUUGCACAUUCAAUAAGAGACACAAACUAUUUUGAGUUUUAAAAGUCAACUUAAUGCAUUUAACAGAAAUAACUACAAAUCAAUGAAUGAAUAUUAGAGUGUUUGUGUCAUUGGUUGUUGGGACUUUGUUUAUUAUGAAAAUAUUGGAUUUUUUAUGUUUUACAUGUUGAUUUAUGUAAUCUAAUAUGAAAAGAAUAUUAAUUUGAAUAUCUGAAGGCAAAUAAAAUCCAGAUUUUUUUCCCACCUAUACAAAAGAGUAUUAGAUCAAUACAGAUUUUAUACAGGUGAAAAACUGAUAGCUUGGACCAUUAUUAAAAGAGGUCCUUGAUUUUACUUGUUUUCAUUUGUAAGAAUUUUGACAGGUUUGACCAUGGAUGGCUCAUCAUGUUGGCCAUGGUUUCAAUAAAGCAAACUAUAGCAUUUUGUUA